UUGUUACACCAUGUAGGAGCAGAAUAGACCUACAAUAUCUAGCUACUUAUUUAGAUUUAGUAUGACAGAAUGAAACUGCCUUAAAAUUAGCUGUAGUAAACAUUUUUUAUUCGCACUAAUCAAUCAACACAUUUCUGUCUUUGUAUGUCUCAAUGUAAUAGUAUUAUUUCAUUAAAUCCAUUUAAAAUAAUCUUUGUCUGAAAAUAAAAUAUGAUCCUCAACUGCGUUUCCCCUCCAGUCAGCAGACCGCGAUGUGCUUCUUUCAGGCGAUGCUGCCAGCGUGACGUCUAAUCUAGUGGACGGUUCUUCAGAAUCAGCUCGUCAACCACCUCCAUAGCUUGCUAGCCAACAUAGCCGACAGAUUCGAGCUAUUUAUAUGCUUUUGGUCUAUAUUAGCUGCUGUUUUUUAAACCAGUUUCUGUCGUCUAGUAAGUUAUUCCAUUCACUUUCAUAUUUACGUUGUUGUUGGUCAGCUAGCGGGCUGGUUAAGUUAGCAUUAGCCUAGCUAGCUAACAUCUCUGACCAUGAGGUCACUAAGCUACUCUCCUGCUAAAGAAGAGGCGGUCUGCUGGACGGAGAAAGAAACUCUCGUGAAAGAGGAGGAGGAAGAGGAGGAUGUUACAUUACAAAAACAAGUAGAGGUUGAGGCUGUUACCGCGAAAGAAGAAGAGAAAUACAUUACAGUGAAAGAACAGGAGGAUGUUACAAUAAAACAAGAAGUAGAGGGUGAGGCUGUUACAGUGAAAGAAGAGGAAGACUCGUUCAGAGUGAAAGAGGAGGAUGUUACUGUAAAAGAAGAAGAGAGAGACAUUACGGUGAAAGAAGAGGAAGACGCGUUCAGAGUGAAAGAGGGGGGUGUUACAGUAAAAGAAGAGGAGGCAGAGAAAGAGGAGGAUUCCGUUUUUGGAGUGAAAGAGGAGGAGGGAGAGAUGACUGUCACAACGAAAAAUGAGGAGGACAAUGGAUAUCUGGGGCCGGUUUCCCAAAGGCAACUUAAGGCAUCCAAUGGUUCUAACAAUGAACUUAGCCAUAAGAUGCUUUUAGGAAACCUGGCCCUGAUUAACACUAGAGAGAGAGGUGACUAUUGUGGAUCCUCUGGGGAGCCUCAGCUACAUCAUGACGCUGACCAGGCAGAGAAGAGUCUCUCCACAUCAGAACACCUCAAGAAAUACCAACGGAAACCCACAGGGAAGAAUUCUCACUACUGCUCUGACUGUGGGAAGAGUUACUCAAGAUUAGAUUCACUAAAAGUACACCAGAGAAUUCACACAGGCGAUACAGCUCACUGCUCUGACUGUGGGAAGAGAUUCACCACUAUAGCAAACCUUAAAAUACAUCAGAGAAUCCAUACAGGAGAGAAACCUUAUAGCUGUGAUCAAUGUGGGAAGAGUUUUACUCACUCAAGCUGCCUGAAGGUACAUCAGAGAACACACACUGGAGAGAAACCUUAUAGCUGUGAUCAAUGUGUGAAGAGAUUUGUCACAUCUAGUAGUCUGACUGUACACCAGAGAACACAUACAGGAGAGAAACCUUUUGGUUGUGAUCAAUGUGGGAAGAGAUUUGUUUCAUCUAGCCGCCUGACUAUACACCAGAGAACACACACAGGGGAGAAACCGUUUAGUUGCUCUGACUGUGGGAAGACCUUUUCAAAAUUAUAUACAUUACAAUUACACCAGAGAAUUCACACUGGAGAGAAACUUUAUAGCUGUAAUCAAUGUAGGAAGAGUUUUAAUCGCUCAAGCUUGCUAAAGGUGCAUCAGAGAACACACACUGGAGAGAAAUCUUUUAUAGCUGUGAUCAAUGUGGGAGGAGAUUUGUUACACAUAACGGUCUGACUAGACACCAGAGAAACAAUUCUUAUAGCUGUGAUCAAUGUGGGAAUAGAUACUCUGGUUAAAUAUCUCUGAUUAAACAUCAGAAAAUAUACAUGAAGGAGUUUCAUGAUAUCAAUAAAAUGUCACAAUGUAGAAUGUUUUAACAUUGUAGUUGGAGUAUUUGAAUGAUGUCACAGUGUAGAAUCCUAAAUGUUUACCCCCUGUUCUAUUGAUUUCAGCAUGAUAUGAAUAAUAGCCUCAUCAGGGAAAAAAUCCAGAGUUCUGUUACACUUAAUGUGUUGGAGACCCACAUGAAUCAAAAUGAAACACUCCAAAAUGUAGCUAGCGGUUUUCUACAAAUUGUCCUCUAACCAGUGAUGUACACAUUAUUCCCAGAUUCCAUGUGGGAAUGACAAAUAAGUGCUCAAAUCAAACUAUAUUUGUCACAUGUACGGAAUACAACAAGUGUAGACUUUACCGUGAAAUGCUUACUUACAAGCCCUUAAACCAACAGUGCCAUUCAAAAAGACAAUAUUUACCAAGUAGACUAAAAUAGAAAGUAACACAAUGAGAAAAACAAUAAUGAGGCUAUAUACAGGGGGCACCGGUACCAAGUCAAUGUGGAGGCUAUAUACAGGGGGCACCG